CGUUUCUGCUUUGGCUUCGGCUCUGGCCUUCGUUCGAUUCGAAUCCAGUGCCGAUCCUCGUAUUCCUGAUCAUCCAGGAUUUCAUCUACAGAGAGAGAGAGAGAAUGUGGCUCGCCAGAGAACAGACGGACAAGAAGGGAGGGAAUGGGCUGGUGGCCGUGGCGAUCGACAAGGACAAAGGAAGCCAAAACGCUCUCAAAUGGGCCAUCGACAAUCUUCUCGCGAGGGGCCAAACCGUCGUCCUCGUUCAUGUCAAGCUCAAGUCCCUUCCCUCCACGCCUUCCGGUCCUUCUCCUCGUAAGGAUCUCGAUACUAAAGAACUCUUUCUUCCGUUCCGAUGCUUCUGCACUCGCAAGGACAUACAAUGCAAAGAUGUUUUGCUGGAAGACACGGACGUAGCGAAAGCAUUGAUCGAGUACGUUUCUAACAACGCCAUCGAGAAUCUGGUCGUUGGUUCCACGUCGAAGUCCGGCUUCCUAAGAACCUUUAAGGCGGUGGAUAUCCCGAGUAGUGUGGCGAAAGGAGCGCCGGACUUUUGUACGGUUUACGUCAUUACAAAGGGGAAGAUAACCACCAUGCGCUCGGCUACCCGUCUGGCUCCGACGGUCUCUCCUCUAUCUAACCAAAUUCAGAAUAAACCGGUUUCGCGGGCGAGUCAAUCAGAGCCGCGCACCCCCCAAACUAGUAACGUCAGAGGACUCGCAAAGGCGACGAAUGAGGCGUCUCAUAAGUCGAAUGACAGCGCGGACUUUAUAAGAUCGCCAUUCACGAGAGGAAAAGGUUCUAACGGCAGAUUGUAUGGAGAGAUUGGUGCUCCUCCGGAUACGGAUAUAUCCUUCGUCAGCUCUGGUAGACAGAGCAUCGACCGAAUGUUCCCGUCGUUUUAUGACAAUCUGGACAGUGGCUACUCCCCAAGGUUGUCUAACACCUCCAACAUGGACCCCAGACAGAGCUUCGAUGCGACUCCCUUCGCAAUGCGGUUGGUAGAUGGCAACACAAUUCGCGAAGUGUCGUCUGCGUCACAUAUUUCGCAGGAGAGCGAGAGGUCUUAUUCAUCCUCGUCGCCCACUACGGAUGAUAUGGAAGCCGAGAUGAAGAGGCUAAAACAAGAGCUCAAGCAAACAAUGGCAAUGUACAGCAAUGCUUGCAAAGAAGCACUCACUGCUAAACAAAAGGCAAUAGAGCUCCAGCAUUGGAAACUGGAAGAAGAGAGGAGGAUCGAGGAGGCACGAAUGGCCGAAGAAGCGGCUUUAGCACUUGCGGAGAAGGAGAAAGCCAAGUCCAAAGCAGCAAUAGAGGCCGCUGAGGCUUCUCAGAGGAUUGCUGAACUCGAAGCCCAGAAAAGGAUUAAUGCGGAGAUGAAAGCGCUCAGAGAGGCCGAGGAGAAGAAGAAGGUGCUCGAUGCUCUCGUGCAGUCAGAUGUCAGGUACAGAAAAUACACGAUCGAAGAGAUCGAAACCGCCACAGACUACUUUUCGGCGUCCCGCAAGAUCGGUGAAGGAGGUUAUGGCCCCGUGUACAAGUGCUACUUGGAUCACACGUCGGUCGCAAUCAAGGUCUUGCGACCGGAUGCUGCUCAAGGCAGAUCCCAGUUUUUGCAAGAGGUUGAGGUGUUGAGCUGCAUAAGGCAUCCAAACAUGGUUCUUCUCCUAGGAGCUUGUCCAGAAUAUGGAUGCCUGGUGUACGAGUUCAUGGCGAAUGGUAGCUUAGAAGACCGCCUCUUCCGUCGGGGAAACAGCCCACCGCUUUCUUGGCAACAAAGGUUCAAAAUUGCAGCGGAGAUCGGAACUGGCUUGCUGUUCCUUCACCAAGCGAAACCUGAACCACUCGUGCACCGCGAUUUGAAACCGGGGAACAUUCUGCUCGAUGGCAACUACGUCAGCAAGAUCAGCGACGUCGGUUUAGCUCGGCUGGUCCCGCCUUCGGUCGCCGACACCGUGACGCAAUACCGCAUGACGUCCACGGCUGGGACGUUUUGCUACAUAGAUCCCGAGUACCAGCAGACCGGAAUGCUGGGGGUCAAGUCUGAUAUAUACUCUCUAGGGAUCAUCUUCUUGCAGCUAUUAACCGCCAGACCACCCAUGGGAUUGACCCACCAUGUCGAGCGGGAGAUCGAGAAGGGGACUUUCUCUGAAAUGCUUGAUCCAGCGGUGCCCGACUGGCCCUUCAAUGAUGCUCUGGGCUUUGCCCAAAUGGCACUUAAGUGUUCGGAGUUAAGACGGAAGGAUAGGCCAGAUCUUGCGAAAGUUAUUCUCCCCGAACUUGACAGACUCAGAUCAUUAGCUGAGAGAAGCAUCAAUCCCUCAUCGCCUCGUUGUAACUCGAGCAACUCAUCCAACUACAGCCAGGUUUCUUUGCAACUGAGUUCGAUGAGUCCUCCAAGGCUCGGGGAAUCGCAUGGCAGUUAAAUACUGAUCCUCAUGUUAGAGUACCUCGAGCAAUUGGAGGCACAUAACAUGAGAAGAUUAGGAGUUUUCGAUUGGCCUGCAGCAGAAGAUAUAGUGCAAGCAUCAUAAAAAACCUACGCAGCGUGAUGCAAGAUAAGUCGCUGCAGGACCCACGUCUCUUCGCUUCCGUUUUGCCGUCCCUACUCUUAAAGGUUAGCCAAGCUUCUUCGACCGAAGACUUCUAUCUAUUCGACGACCGAUGAGUCAAGCGAACAUAGCUAUUGGACAAGGACAUUGAAGAGCCACACAGGGUUAGCGACCUUGUACAUGAUGAUUUUCCAGUACAGACACGCAACCUCAUGACAGUAUUCGAUCGAACAAGAUACCUGUUUGUAGGUUUCUGUUUUGUCCUGAUACUAAAGUAACUCAGACACUAGAGUUAUA